CUGCUUCCCAAUGAGAAAGCAGCUCUAGUUUUCUUCCCGUCCCCUCGUUCUAGGGUUAGUUUCCUUCAAAAAGAAGCCGUGGUACGCCUUCGUUGGCUGACCGGGUCGCUCAGUCGAGCCGAACCGCAGACGGGAGGGCGCCGGCGCUUUUGGCGGAGGGCUUCAGUCGAGUCUGUGGCAUUUGUGGCGCAGUGAUGCCGGGCGCGGUUCUGCUGGUGGCGGCCACGGGGGUCGCUCUCGUUGUGGCCUUUCUGCUGCUUCUCUACCUUGUCUUGCCGCUCAACUAUCCCAAACCGCUGUCGUUGUCCGGAGCUCACGUUGUGGUAACUGGAGGCUCCAGUGGCAUUGGGAAAAGCAUUGCUAUUGAGUGCGUCAACCAGGGUGCUUUUGUGACACUGAUUGCAAGAAAUGAGAAACGUCUCUUGGAGGCCAAGAAAGAAAUUGAGACAUUUUCAGUUAAUGAUAAGCAGGUUGUGCAUUCUAUUUCUCUUGAUGUUUCCAAAGAUUAUGCAAAUGUGGAGAAGUUGCUUAAACAAGCUCAAGAAAAGUUGGGUCCUGUUGACAUGCUUGUUAACUGUGCUGGAACAUCAAUAACUGGAAAAUUUGAAGAUAUCGAUACCUAUAGGUUUGAGCAAUUAAUGGCUAUCAACUAUCUGGGUAGUGUUUACCCAACUCGUGCAGUAGUUGGUAAAAUGAAGGAAAGAAGAAUGGGGAGGAUUGUGUUUGUGUCAUCACAGGCUGGACAAGUUGGUGUUUAUGGCUAUUCAGCUUAUUCUGCAACAAAAUAUGCUCUUAGAGGAUUAGCCGAAUCUUUACAUAUGGAGGUAAAACCAUAUAACAUAUGUGUGACUAUUGCCUAUCCUCCAGAUACAGACACACCUGGCUUUGCAGAAGAAAGUCAGAACAAGGUGUUAGAAACCAAACUUAUUUCAGAAUCAUCAUCAAUCUGCCAACCUGAAUAUGUUGCCAAAAUUAUUGUUAAGGAUGCUGUUCAAGGAAAAUUUACUAGUUCUUUUGGUGCUGAUGGUCACGUGCUGACAAUAUUGACUAAUGGAAUGGCCCCAGUUUCUUCCAUUGCUGAAAUCCUAGAGUCGAUUAUGUUCCUGGGCAUUUUUCGCUUGGUCAGUCUGUAUUUUAUAGCAGGUUUUGACAGUAUUGUUCGCCGUUGCAUGAUAGAAAAAGAGAAAUCUGAAAAGACAGACUGAAGUAGAACAAUGCUUUGAACUGAAUCCUGAUUAGAAAGGUGGACAAUUCGUUGUUACAUAGGACCAUGCUUGUGUGGUCUGAAUAUGCCUCAUAGUGAUAUAUAUGCUGAAGUGAUGGUGAUCUUCAGUAGUGAAAGAAGGAAACAAAUGAACAAUUCCAGAAAAAGUGCUACUGAAGAAGACUGCUGUUUUUAUUUUCUGUUAUUUGAAAUUAUAGAUGUUGCCUUAGAAAUGAAUUUAUGAAAGAGCAGAGCUUCAGAGUAGUCUUUUUGCUGGUAAUUCUGCACAAAUACAUCGUUUUAGCAGUUUUGAAGGAUUUAGUCAAUGGUGAAUUUAAUCCAGAAUUGAAGUAAACAACUUGGUCUCUUCCAGAUAUUGAGGACUACAAUUUUCACAGAUGUCUGCCAUUGUCCCUGCUAUUGCCCUCCCCCUCUUCCUGUCCCCUCCAAGCCUUGGGGAAUGUAGGGUUGCCUAACCAAAUCUAAAAUACAGUUAACGUAUUUCUGUGGUGUAGAACAGAUCUCAAUUGCCUCAGAUCUAACCCUUAUUUUGUACCUCUCAAAAGUCAUGCAGUUGAGUUGUCUUGCCCAUACUGACACUUUAAAUAAACAAAAGCUCUUUUUUUACAAUUUAAAUUAUAGUUAGUCAUGGGAGGAAGACUAUAUCAAAUGGGAGAACUAACCUUUCGUAGGUCGGCUCCAUUGGAUUUAAUAUACCGGGUCAAGAAUUGGUAGGUUUCCUCCCAUGUAUUCUUGGGACCUGGUCUAAUAAGAUAUAGUAAUUAAUCUUUUCUGCUCUUAAGUGCAUAGUUUUGUGAAGUAUUCAUUCUGUUUUAUUACGCACUGUACCUGGAUGGCAGGAUAUUAUUAAUAUGUUCCAAAGUUCCCAGUGUGGGAGCAAUGAAGAAUUUUUUAAUUGUUACAAAUCUUCGGGAAAAAUGAAGGACCCAUGACUCACUGAGAAACUGGGAUGUGUGUUUUUUUCUGUUUCUGCCUUAUGCCUUGACUAUAAAUAAAGCAGAUGUAAAGUGUUGCUACAUAAUAAACAUUGUCUGUAAUUUAAUUCAUGCUUACUCUUUGCCAGCUCAGUAAGAGGCAGAGGUGGGUUUACAUUGUAUUAAACAAAUGGAAAUUAUUAAGUUGUAUGCUUGAUACUCUUAAACAUUGCACAAGAACAUGCUUAGUUUAAUCCUAUGUGGUAAUGUCACUUGCAAUAUUAUUUUAAGGUUUUAAACAUAGGAUGUCAACAUUUAAUAUUUAAAAAAAAGCUUUUAGUGCAGCGAUCCCCAAUCUUUCCGGCUCUGCGGACUGAUAGUGGUGGUGGUGGUGGAGGGGAUGGUUUUGCAUGCACAACCUAAUCCCAUGCAUGCGCAAAUGGAGCUUUGCAUAUUUGCAUGGCCCGGUUCCCAACGCGCCGCAGACCAGUACCAGUAUGUACAUCUGGAAAUUUAUCAUCCAGAUGCAAGGACUUGGGUAUUUAGCCAAUUGAGUGUCUAAUUUGAAAGGAUGGAGUUAGUAUAAUAAUGGUCUUCAUAAGCUCUAUGCAAUAUACUCUUAAGGUCUCAUAAACUUGAAACUUCAAAUUUCACUCCCAUAAGUUUCAGAUAAACUGUAUGCUGGGAGGAAAGCAACUAUAUUUUUAGAAUGUUUUAAUUGGAAC